AUGGCCUCGACCACCACACCGAACGCACAAUCUGAUGACCCCUCUUCGUCUUUGGCGUUCCAGGACGAGUUUACGCACUCGCACGGCGGACGAUGCUUUUUCGUCGCCGUCGAACCCGUCUUUGAGGAGCAGGUGCGUGCGCUUCUCAACUGAACCGAUUGAUGUAGAACAACACGUGGGUGAGAUGUACCUAACCCCGCUGGUGGAGAGGUUGCUGUAGAUCUCGCAACUCGCUACGGUGAUCGCGCGCUUUUCAUCCACCACUUUGACCGAAGCUCAACGCACCGACUACGUACAACACCACACCACCUCGGCACGACAAGCCUCCCCCUCCAAAGCCGUCACCGAGGACGACGACAACGCCGCCACCGCCGCCACCGCCGCCGCCGCAGUAGACGUGGACACGGCGUUGGAAGGGUCGACUACUCCCCCUCCUCCGCGGCCUGUGACGGAGGAUCAGCGUCAACAACGACGUACCUUGUUGGAGCAGUUGUUGAACGAUCUCAAAGGUGUGAGGAUCCAAGCUCUCGAUAGGGAAUUCCAAGGCUUCGCGCAUCUCUUCCUAUCGCUCAUCCUUUCGACGUACAAAGUCACCGAUCAAGCUUUCGCGAACGCGGUCUUGAACCUCGUUGAUGCGCUUGCUUUCAGUCAGGGCAAGAACGCGCAACCUACUCUAUCGACUCGGUACGCCACCUUGGCGAACGUCUUCAACGCGCUCGAUACGACUCGCGAGAACGCUUUGGAUCGUUUGCGUUUACGAGUGGUCGAAAAGUUGGUCGAGGCCGCGGCGCAGAAUGAUGAUUACCUCGUUAUCGAACCCGUCGUUCGUUCGCUCGAAGCUUGGUUGAUCCAAUGGGGAUUCGCGGGGGAGACGAUCUCGAACGAGAACAGACAAAAAGGUGACGAGGCCGUAUUGAAGAUCGUCAAACUGUUGAACAAGGGUCAACACGUCGUACCUCGUCUGGCUCAACUCGAAAAGGAUUUACUCGUCGGCCAUCUUUCCCACGCCGCCGCCGUCGAUGAUCUCGUCGAAGCGUCUUCAACAACCCAAAACGAAUUGGCCUCACACUUGAUCGCUUUGGUCCUUCGUCUACCGAACGAAUACGAUUUCUCCUCCCUCUCGAACCUCAAAGCCCUCCAACGACCUUCGACCCAACUCCUAGCGCAAGUACUCAACGUCUUUCUUCAACCCGGUUCAACCGUCGUCGAUCUCGAAGUCGUGCUUUCGUCCGAUUCGGUCGUUCCUCAACUCGAGUCCUUUGGAUUGGACGUUGAUAGUUUGAAGAACAAAUUACGCCUGAUCGGUUUAAGCGAAUUAUGUUCGACCCGGGUCGGACAACGAGUUCCGUACGACGAAAUUUCCAAAACGUUGAAGCUUUCUCAAAAAGAAGAAGAAGAAGAAGAAGAAGAAGAAGGAUCGUCUAGGACCGAAGAAGGGGUUGAGAAUUGGGUGAUCGACGCGAUCCGAGCUGGAUUGGUUUCGGGCAGGUUGCAAGGUUCGGAAAGGAAGUUUUGGGUCACCCAGGCGAGGGCUAGGUCGUUUGGUCAGGAUCGAUGGAUCGUUUUGGAACAGAGGUUGAGCGAGUGGAGGGUCAGUUUGGAUGGUAUUUUGGACAGCGUAAAGAAGGGUCUUGGGGGGUGGGUUCAGGUUCAGGGGGUGCACAGGAUGUGGUUCGUUCUUCCGCCGGAGGGGGUAGGGAAGCGACGAUUGAGAAGGAGUUGA